AUGCGUAUGGAACACAAAGCAUUUACAAGCUUGCCAUCUGUCAUGUACAAAGGAAAAUUCACAGGCACUCCUGCAGAUGUCUUGUACAAGGGCACAAUAACCCGUCUGAUUACUGAGGACAGCCCCAGCAGAGAGAGAAGCAGAGAAGACACUCCUUCUAAGGGGCAUGUAGUCUACGAGGGCAUCAGUGGACACAUCCUUUCCUUUGACCGGGGUCCAAACUCUAAGGAAGAGGCUCGUGGGGACAUGGCUGGGCUGAAGAGGACCUAUGACAUGAUGGAGGUCGGCAUUUCUCGUGUGCCACCCAUCAGAGACUCAAUAUCUGCCACUGAAGGCUUGAUUAGUCGAGCAAUGCCUCACGAGCGCGAUAGUCCUCAUCUGCACCACAUCCGUGGAUCCAUAUCCCAAGGAAUCCCACGGGAUGACUGUCAGCGCCGGGAGGUUAAACAGAUGAAAAGAGAGGGUUCACCAUCACCCCGUGGCCCUGGUCAUCCCGCUGACACUCUUAAAUCACGCUCUCACGAGAGUAUGGUGACCACCGUCAAAGAGGGAGGACGCUCCAUCCACCUGAUCCCUCCUGAGGGGGUUGUGAUAGGCAAGCCUAAGGAGGGCUCAAUCACCCAGGGCACCCCUCUGAAACAAGAGCCUGUUGGCUCAUCCAAGCGCCCCACUCCAUUCCCCUGUAAUCCCCUGACCAUGCAGAUGCGUCUCCCCAGCGGGAUGAUGUCGGGACCCUCACCUUCCCCUACGCAGCAGGGCACGUCUGUACCUCCACAGGGCCAGACUCAACCCCGCAGCUGGGAGGAAGAGCCCAAACCUCUGCUGUGCUCUCAAUACGAGACCCUGUCAGACAGCGAGUGA